UCACUUCUAACGUUUCUGAGAACUGAAACUCAUCCCUCAACUUCUACACCUUUUGGUGCAGAAGUGCUAUUUUUGCUUGAAACAGCUUCAGGUAGGAGCUUGCUUGAAUUAUCAUCUCUUCAGUUAAGCUUUUGCUGAAAGGCAAUGGAUUGGGCCAGCCUUGUUCCUGUGGGCUUACUGUUAAUCCUAAUUCUCCUGCUGAUUUUGAAAACACAACAUUUCUGGAGGAGCCAAGUGAAAUUUCCCCCAGGACCGCAGCCUUUACCCGUCAUUGGAAAUCUGCACAUGAUGGACCUAAAGAAACUUGGCCAGACAAUGCUACAGCUGUCUGAAACGUAUGGCCCAGUCUUCACAGUUCAGCUGGGACUGAGGAAAGUGGUGGUGCUGUCAGGAUAUGACACAGUGAAGGAAGCUUUGGUGAAUCAUGCAGAUGCAUUUGCUGGGAGACCUAAAAUACCAAUCAUAGAAAAAACAGGAAAAGGAAAAGGAAUUGUAUUUGCUCGUGGAGAAAACUGGAAAGUGAUGCGAAGAUUUACUCUUACAACAUUACGAGACUUUGGGAUGGGAAAGAAGGCCAUAGAAGAUCAUGUUGUAGAAGAGUAUGGAUACCUGGCAGACAUAAUUGAGUCACAGAAAGGGAAGCCCCUUGAGAUGACUCAGCUGAUGAAUUCUGCUAUUGCUAAUGUCAUUGUAUCUAUAUUGCUUGGAAAGCGGUUUGACUAUGAAGACCCCACAUUCAAAAGACUUGUGUCACUGAUGAAUGAAAAUAUGCAGCUUUUUGGAAGUCCAUCAGUGUCGCUGUACAAUAUGUUCCCCAUCCUUGGACUCUUCCUGAAGGACAAAAACCAUUUUCUUGAGAAUUUAAAAGAAGUCAACAAUUUUAUCAAGGAUACUUUCACAAAGUAUCUCAAAGUCCUGGACAAAAAUGACCAAAGGAGCUUCAUUGAUGCUUUUCUUGUCAGACAGCAAGAGGAGAAUGGAAAGGCCAAUAAAUUUUUCGAUGAUGUAAACUUAACUGAGGUCGUGAGAAAUCUGUUUACAGCUGGCAUGGAUACGACGGCCACCACUUUGCGCUGGGGCCUUCUGCUCAUGAUGAAAUAUCCUGAAAUUCAGAAAAAAGUCCAGGAAGAGAUAGAUCAAGUGAUCGGAUCAAACCCCCCAAGAACCGAGCAUCGAACUAAAAUGCCAUACACAGAUGCUGUUGUACAUGAAAUUCAGAGGUUUGCUAAUAUCCUGCCAUUGAACUUGCCUCAUGAGACUACCAUGGAUGUCACUAUCAAAGGCUAUUUCAUUCCCAAGGGAACCUAUGUCAUCCCCUUGCUCAAUUCUGUCCUGCAAGACAAAACCCAGUGGGAGAAACCGUGCUCCUUCUACCCCGAGCAUUUCCUCAACUCGGAGGGGCAGUUUGUAAAGAAGGAUGCUUUCAUGCCUUUUUCAGCAGGGCGGAGGAUCUGUGCCGGUGAGACUCUUGCCAAAAUGGAGCUCUUCCUCUUCUUCACCAGCCUUCUGCAGAGGUUCACCUUCCAGCCACCUCCUGGAGUUUCCCCCUCAGAUCUGGAUCUCUCUGCCACCACUAGGUUUGUCGUUGCCCCAGUAACUCAUGAGGUCUGUGCAGUGUCACGUUCCUAGGGAUUUUUACCAGCUGCCUUCUUUUCUUGGGACACUCGGAUGAAAUAUCUUAGUUCACCUCUAUUCCUACCAGGGAAGUCUGGUACUUCUGAAUCUAGUAGGUGAUUUCCAAGCACACCUUGACUCAUAGCAAGAGGUGCAUCACCCACCAUUCUGAAAGGAGGCACUCCUGACCUUCUGCCACUCAUUGAAUGAGCAAAUUGAUAGUCCCUGUGAGGAUGGAUGAGACAACCCCUAAACCACUGCAUGUUCCCCUCAAGAAAAGAGUCUGGGGCCAGACUUGUGGCCAGAGCUGACAGGAUGUUGCACAGAUCUCACGUACACACACAAGGACUCUCACCUUCCUCCUCCAGCACAGCUGCACUCAAGCUGCCCAGUGAAAAUGACCCAUUACACAUUUUGUCCCCAUACCAUUGCCCUGAGUGUAUGCAAAGACACACAUA